CAACAGCAGCCUGGCCCUGUGCAUGCAGGACGCGGUGGGAGCUCAGAUAGAUCACACCAUCUGGUAGAGAAGAAAAGCACAGAAAAUCGCAUCUGCGUGACGGACAAAGGGGAAACUUUUACGAAUCGCGUCGACAUGGGGAUCCGAAAAAAGACCAACAAGAACCCGCCGGUGCUGAGCCACGAGUUUGUGAUCCAGAACCAUGCAGAUAUUGUUUCCUGUGUUGCUAUGGUGUUCCUGCUCGGGCUGAUGUUUGAGGUCACCUCAAAGUUUGCAGUAUUAUUCAUUACUGUCCAGUACAAUGUGACCAUAUCAACAAAUGAGGGCCCAGAGGAGACAGCAGUGAACCACUUCCACCAUGGCAUCAAGGACCUGGCAACCGUUUUCUUCUACAUGCUGGUGGCCAUCAUCAUGCAUGCAAUCAUCCAGGAGUACGUGCUGGACAAAUUCAACCGGAAAAAGCACUUCUCCAAAACCAAGCACAGCAAGUUCAAUGAGUCAGGCCAGCUCAGCGCCUUCUACUUGUUCUCCUUCGCUUGGGGCACGAACAUCCUUCUAUCUGAAAACUUCCUGUCCAAUCCCGUCGCCCUGUGGGAGGGUUAUCCUCAUACGCUGAUGCCAUUCCAGAUGAAAUUCUUCUACAUUUGCCAGAUGGGCUACUGGCUACACGCUCUCCCAGAGCUGUAUUUCCAAAAGGCAAAGAAAGAGGAUAUCCCACGGCAGCUCGUGUACAUCUUCCUGUACCUGGUCCACAUUGCUGGCGCCUACAUUCUGAAUUUGAACCGGCUGGGUUUGGUCCUGCUGGUGUUGCAUUAUUUUGUCGAGCUUCUGUUCCAUGUCUCCCGUCUCGUCUACUUCAGCAACGAGAACAGACAAAUGGGAUUCACCAUCUGGGCUGUCUUGUUUGUGAUUGGACGGCUGCUUACUUUGUCCCUGUCGGUCCUCACCGUGGGCUUCGGCCUCUCCACCACUGAAAACCAAGGCUUUGAUUUGGCUGCAGGAAACUUCAACAUUUUCUUUGUGCGGAUGACCGUCCUGUCAGCCAUCUGCCUUACGCAGGCCUUCAUGAUGUGGAAGUUUAUCAACUUCCAGCUGCGGCGAUGGAGAGAGCAUGCCGAGGCUCAGACAUUGAAAAAGAAACAGGCUCCUGCUAAGAGCAAGUCGAAAAAGGACAAAGGUGGGAGGGCAAGAAACACCCAACUACAAAUAAACUCUAACGGAGUAAAUGGCGUGAGCUCUCAUGGAGCCGAUUCACCGAGAUCAAGAAAAGAGAAGUCCUCAUAAGACAUAAAGAGGAGAAGAAAAGUAAACAUUCCUGCCAGCCUUCCUCAUCCCGCGUAUCUCAAAGAGCCGUCUCUCCCAGGGUCUUCUCGGCUAUGUCCAGCUGGCUGAUUCAACGGCUCCUUGACCCCCCCAGACCCCAUGUGUGGAUUCACCUUCCCGCACAGGACCGACCUCCCAGCUGGAAUUCCCAGGGCCACUCAGAUUUGCUUUUGCUGCCGAUCGUCCAGCUCACGUUCAGCUCCAAAUCUUCCUUCUGUGGUAUUAAUGAAAAACCAACAAAUAAACUGAGGGAAAAAGACCUUAUUUAAGAAGUGCCUAUUGAUGUGGAUUGUUUUUUUUUGUUGUUUUUUUUUGGGGGGGGGUGAUUUUUUGUACUGAUUGUAAUUGUACCAAAUCAGGAAUGAUCACUUUAUUUCUUUUUUUCACUUCAGGUCAUUUAGUGCUUUAUCGAAAUGACGUGUAUUCCUUUUCUUUCACCUCCAUAUCUUGUAUUUAUAUUCCAACCAGCUCAUCCUGAUGCUGUUUUUCUCUUGGAUGAAUUCCAUUUUAAAUUUCUCCUGCAUUCCCAAGAUUGGAGGUUGUAUAAAGUCCUGUUAUCUCCAGCCUUCGCCCAGAUC